GCACUGCCUGAAGAAACGUCGCUGCUCCGGGACCACACCUAUCUGUUUUCCCUUUCUUACACUGAGAGAGGGAGGAAACGGAACUACUCAUACCCCCCCUGCUCCCCCUUUGCAUAUUACUAUUACUGCUAUCGCUAUCGCCUCAUCUACCGGCGGAGGAUGGUGCCUUUCCACGGGAGUAUCACCCUGACUGAGCGCGAGAGCCUGAUCCUCAGACCUCGCUACUGCCUCCAGUGUUCCUGAGUCCUUGGGAGGCGGCCCGGCCAGCAGAGGGGCUAACCAGGGCGAGCUAAAAGAGUUGUACAAGGCUGGGAACCUGACAGUGUUUGCUGGCGACCCUCUGCUCCCUGGUCUCCCUGUCCAGCUGGACUUCCAUUUCCAACUAGGUCCCCACAGCUCUGCUCACUGGCACGGACUCCUAACUGACAGCAAGCUUUUCCUGGACACGCCCCGCGGCGCCCUGGAUCAAAACAACCGUGAAAGCCUGACUGCGACGCUGGAAUACGUGGAGGAAAAGACCGCCGUGAACCUCGUGUUUGUGAACUUCCACCCGGCUCGCAGCGAUCGCGGAGACCUGUUCCGAGCAUUCAGUUACUUGGGCUUUGAGGUGGUCAGACCAGACCAUCCCUCACUGCCGCCCUGGGAGGACGUUAUCUUCAUGGUUUGCCCGCUGGAGCGAGACUGCUGUCCGGAGCUGGCAUGAGAGUUCCCGAAGCCGGGCAUUCUGCAAAGACAGGACGGGAUGGAGGGGGGACGGCUUAGCUCCCAUUUAACUUGGGCCUGGAACUGGCAGGAUCGGGCAGAGUCUUUGAGCUGAUGUGUGUAACUGAGCGUGUCCCCACUGAGCAUCAUUAAAC